AUGGGUAAUGGCAUUAAUAAGGUUCUUCCAGAUCUUUAUGUUGGAAAUAUCAAAGAUGCCCGUGACAAGGAUCUGUUGGUGCAGCACAACAUCACCCACAUCCUGUCCAUCCACGAUGCAGCUGCACCCGUGUUCGAGGACAUGACAUAUCUUUGUAUAUCUGCAGCUGAUCACAGGAGGCAAAAUAUGAUUCAGUACUUCAGAGACAGCAUCAUAUUCAUGCACAAAUCCAGAAUGAAAGGAGAGGGGUGCCUUGUCCACUGUGUGGCAGGGGUUUCCCGUAGUGUGACACUGGUGGUGGCCUAUAUCAUGACCGUGACAGGUCACGGUUGGGUAGAGUCUCUAGCGGCAGUGAGGGCAGCCCGGCCAUGUGCAAGACCCAACCUGGGCUUCUUACGUCAGUUGGAGGAGUUUGAGAACACAAAGCUAGAACAACACCGGACCUGGUGGAGCACACUUUGUGGCAAACACUCACUCCAUGAUGAAGAGGAAGUGAGACAACUUUUAAUGCGAAGAUCCAAUGGCAGCAGUAGUGACUUUCCAACCAGUAUCACAAAAUCUCUGGCCAUAAGCGGCUCUUGAACGAGGUCACAAAGUCCUCUACUGCCCCUCUUUUGACUAUAAACACAAGAACUGUGGGUCACAAAAACUUUGUCACUAAUACCACGACACAACCUUGUGAACAGAGAAAUAUGACCACAACAAAGGAGUGAAUUACAUGUUGUCCAGUGUUGCAAAAAGCAGAGAUUGGAUAAGUCAUUUAACUAAAGACUGCCUACAAUAUUUUAACCUGUAUAAACUAAUAACCCAAAGAAAGCAGUAACUAAUUGGGGUGGGUGAUACUACACACUUUGGUGUCAAUCCGACACAAAUGAAAUACACGGUCAGUAUUGCUGAAACUUAUACAUUUUACAAAAAAAAAAUGUUAUUUAAAAAAAUACAGCAUAAAGAUUUUAGGCCAGGGGUGUCCAAAGUGCGGCCCAGGGGCCAUUUGCGACCCGCAGCUAAUUGAAUGUGUUGCCACACAUUCUGGAAAUGCUAUUGCAAAAAAUUUUAAAAAACAUUAAAAAAAUGUGGAAUGAGGUGGAAUCUAACUACAAAAAGUUGCAAUGUUGACACAAAGCUGCCAUGCAGGCUGUUUUUUUUCUUUUGUCUAUCUUUAUUUUCUUUUUUUGCCAUUGCUCAAAGAAAAAAAAUCCAAAAAAAAAUCAAUGUUAUAAUUGAUUAAUUAUUGACCUAUUCAAGGCUCCAAUUAUUUAAAAUAUUUCACUUUAAAAUGUUUUAUGUGGAAAAUAUUGCAUAUAUUGUGUGGUUGCCAUAUACAAAUAUCAACAUUUUCUUUGACAAAAGAGCAUAAAACAAACAAAAUAAUAGUUCAAACGUAAAAUUGACAGAUAUAUCUGAAGUUGAUCCCGUAACUUAAGUGUUGAAAGUAAAAACAACUAAUAAAAAUGUAUCACUUUAUGAGUGGGGCACCUUUUGGAUCCCAAAUAUAUUUAAUGGGAUUUUAUUCAUCUUUUCACUGAUUACUCAAAAAUAAUAAUAAAUUAAAAUCAUAGGUGUCCUGCAUUAUUGAUCUUUUUAAGGCUCUAAUUACUUCACAUCAAACAUUGCUUUCUGAAUGUUUUUGGCAGUGGGGGAAAUACUGCAUAUUUCAGUUUUAUUAUAAAAAACAAAGUUGUCUUUGACAGGAAAGGCUUUUUUUUUUAAACUUAAUAUCAACCUGAAGUUGAUAUACUGUAGAGAUUUACUGUAAGCGUUAAAUAAAUUAAAAAAAUAAUAAUUUAACUUUUUUUUAACAAAUUUUAACAUUCUAAUAAUUGAGACCCUUUAUGGUCCCUGGGAGCCCUAAAGGUAAAAAAAAUAAAUAAAUACAAAAAUCCAUAUAUUUUGUUAUGGUUUUGAAAAUGAAAAAUAUCAAAUUGGCCCCGGCAUGCUUUAAUUUUCCCGUGUGCGGCCCUCAGUGGAAAAAGUUUGGACACCCCUGUUUUAGGCAAACAGACACAAAAUAUUUUUAGUGACAAUUGUAUUUGUGAACAAUAUACACAGUAAAUACAACAAUACGAGACAAUUUAACAAUAUCAACAAAACAUACCGUAUUUUUCGGACUAUAAAGCGCACUUAAAAUCCUUUCAUUUUCUCAAAACUCAACAGUGAGCCUUAUAAUUUUGGUUGUGCUCAAGGCUAUUUUAUUUGGUACAUGGUGAAAUGAUAAGUGUGACCAGUAGAUGGCAGUCACACAUAAGAGAUACUGUAGACUGCAAUAUGAGUCAAGUAAACAACACCAACAUUUUAUAUGUUCCAUUGAGAAUAUAGAACAUUACACACGGCGCUCAAAAAUCUAUCAAAAUGUUUUAGUAUGACUUUGGUAAGCUAUGAAGCCACACCGCUUGAUGGAUUGUACUGUGCUUCAAUUAUUAUGGUCUGUGUGUAUAAGGUAAGACAUAUUAUCUGGCGUUUUGUUUCGCAAUAUUGUGCAAAAGCCACUUUUCUUACCUUCUGGUACCUGUUGGUCUGUAUUUAGGAUCUGCAUAAGUCCUGAAAAUUUGCACGCAUCCGCCAUUGUAGUCCGUGCCGACACCGUAGUCGAUAAGCUUUUCUUCUUUUUCUCUAUCUUCUUGUUAUGGGACAUUCAUCCUCCGCUGUUGCCAUUUCUAAUAUAAAGUAGUGUAAAGUUCAGUAAACUCGCCAUGAAAGCGCUAAAACAUACCGGUGUAGUGAGUUUAUAUUAUUCACCCAAGGAACUUUAGUUAUUAGAGAGUUCCGGUCGGACGUUCCGGCAUUGUUGUUGCACUGGUGAGCCACGGAUGAGGAGAUGCUGCUCCGUUAUUGAUUUCAGUAAAGUUUGAAUGUUAUUAAAACAGUUAGCUCCAUUCUUUGACACUUCUUCCACUCCCGUCCUUGCACGCUACACCGCUACAACAAAGAUGACAGGGAGAAGAUGCUGCCGAAGGGGAGCCACAUAAAUAAGACCGCCCACAAAAUGGCGCAUCCUGAAGAAAGUGGCUUGAAGAUGAUCUGUUAAAAAUAUUCUAUGCAACAUUUUGACCAAAGAACCACCAUCACAUGUUAUGUAGACCACAAGGAAGUGUUUUCAAUUUAGAAAAAAAGAAUAAUAAUAUGACUCCUUUAUUGCGCCCUAUAAUCCGGUGCACCUUUUUGUAUGAAAAUAAAUCUGACUAGACCCGCUCAUGGCAGUGCGCCUUAUAAUCCGGUGCGCCCUAUGGUCCGGAAAAUAUGGUAAUUCUUCCCUUUUAUACAUUUAUUACACGCAAUUAUAAGAGCAAAAUAAAGUUAAUAGUGCAAAAUAACUAAACAAAAUAAAUAACUGCUACGGGCUCUUAUUCAAAUCCUGACUUUUUGCCUCCUCUGCUCUUUUGUGUACCUGAUGUGAGGGUUUAUAAACGAUAUAACUACGGUAUAUAACAAUAUUACAACAGUACUGAUGUGGUUUGUACCAGUUCUGGCUUGAGGUACAGAUUCGUUGACAUUAGGGAUGCACCCGAUACUGCAGGACUUCUUGCCAGAGCAGGCUUAAAUACUUCAGGUGUUGGCUCCAGGCGAUGAUCCAUGCUCUGGCCAAACAACGUUUGUCUCCAAUGUCUUAACAGGGGAAAGAAGUCCCAAUUAUGUCCUCUGCUUUCCUCAACACUCUCUGGCAAACUUUCUUAAUAAGCUGUUGUACAAUUCAUAUCCUGUGUAUUGAUACACAUUAUAUAAUUGUUCUGUACAUUUUUAUACUCCUGUAUUUAUUAUCUAUUUAUGUAUCUCAUUAAUUUCUAUCUUGAUUUUAAUUGAUGUAUUUUCUAUUUAUUUAUGUUUUUAAAUUUUUCGUUUAUUUAUUUUUAAAUGUUAUCUUCUUCAUAACUGAAUAAACUAUAAACAAUAUGUAUGUUUACAUGUUGUCUAUUUUUCUCCCUAAUAAAAAAGGGUAGUAUUUAAAGUGGACAA